UGGAGGGGCUGGGAGUGCUGUGACGCUGGGGAUACCGGGUGUUAUGGGGUGGGAUGCAGCGGGGCUGAGGGCUUUUUACUGUUGGUAUGGGCAGCCUUUGCAUGAUGGGGCUGGGUGUCGCAGAGUAUCUUGGUGCUGUGGGGCUAGGUGCUACUGAACUGAGGGAGCUAGGCUUUGGGUGCCACUGGAGGGUGCCAUAGGGCAGGGUCUGCGUGGCUGGACCUGGCAGGAGCAGGGCCCUGGCUGUGCCUGGGGCAGGGCCAAAUCUAAGGUUCCCCACUCCCGGGCUGUGAUGCUGCCUGUGGUUUUGGCUGUGCUGGUGGUUGCUGUCCUAUCCCUGUGGGCUCAGUGCCCCCUCUGGGAUGUGGGGAGGGUCGUUGGCAGUGUGAGGGCUGGAGUCCCAGUGCCUGACUGGGCCAAGGAGGGUGCACGGCUCUGCUAGAGCCUCAUCCCUUUGGCUGUGCUGCUGUCUGCAGGCAGGUGCCUGGGGACAGAGCUGGGUCCUGCCCUGGGGCAGGCUGGCUGCUUCCCAUCUGGGCUCCCUGCUGAGCAGCUGCUGCCUGUUGUAGGCAAGGAAACCUCUCUGAGGGGCAGGGAGGUGCUGUGUGUUUGGAGGGGACAGCUGACCCCAUGACCUGGAUGCAGCAUUUUGUCUUUAACCACGCUGACAGCAGGGAGAUGUGUGCCACCCAAAGGCUGCACAACAGAAAAUUGUUGCUCCACCUCGCACCUGAUGUGUUUCAGAGGAAAAUUCUUGGCAGAGUCAAGGGGAAACCAGGGUUUGCAUAUCCCACCUCUCUCUUUGCAGGGUACAGAAAACCUGGGCAGGAACCAUGCCUGUGGCGGUGGGCUGGUGGGGCUGGUAUCCUCAUAUCCAGCUGCUUCUAGCCUUGAGGUCAGCCCCACGCUUAUCUGGCAGGGCAGAGGGGAGCCACUGGCUCCUUUGGACAGCCCAUCUGGAUGCUGCAGCUCCUGCUCUUACCCUCCCCGCUGCUGCCUGGGGGCUACACUGUGGGUACGGCAGUACAGGGAGCUGGUCCCCGCUGAAGGGAUUCUGUGGUGGGGCAUCACUGCCUGGCACCGCACCAAGGCACAGCGUGGCAGGGAUGAGGAGCCGGCAGCGGAUGUUUGCGGCGGUGAUGCGCCUGCUCCUCAAGUGUCUGCGGCUGGGCCGGCGGCGGCGGUUUAAGCUGGUGCGGCAGGUGGAGCAGCUGUGGCACUACAGUCACCUCUGCCUCCGCUCCCUGCUCUACAACUCCUUCACAAACGGCGACGUGGUGCUCGACUCCCUCUUUGAGCCUGUCUACUGGCUGGUGGACCACGUCACCCGGUGGUUUGGUGUGGUGUUUGUGGCCCUGGUGAUCGGGCUGACUAGCUCCAUCGUGGCCAUUGUGUACAUCUGCCUGCUGCCCCUCAUCCUGCAGACCUACACACCGGCCUGGAUCUGCUGGCACCUUGCCUACGGACACUGGAACCUCAUCAUGAUUGUCUUCCACUACUACAUGGCCAUCACCACCUCGCCCGGGCACCCACCACAGACCAAGGACGAUCUCACCGGCGUCUCCGUCUGCAGGAAAUGCAUUGCCCCCAAGCCGGCUCGCACCCACCACUGCAGCAUCUGCAACAGGUGCGUGCUGAAGAUGGAUCACCACUGCCCCUGGUUAAACAACUGUGUGGGGCACUACAACCACCGCUACUUCUUCUCCUUCUGCCUGUUCAUGACCAUGGGCUGCAUCUACUGCAGCAUCAGUGGCUGGGAGAUGUUCCGGGAUGCCUAUGCAGCCAUUGAGAGAAUGAAACUGCUUGAGAAGGAGAGACUGCAGGUGGCUGUCAACCAGGUGGGACAUCCUUGUCCCCCAGCUGCUCUGGGCAGUGUGGAGCAAAGCUGCCCUGCAGGCUGGGUCCUGCUUGGGGCCCUGCUCUCAAGACGUACUACCAGACCCCACCACCCACCUUCUCCUUCCGCCAGCGAGCUUUCCACAAGAGCGUUGUCUACCUCUGGGUCCUGUGCAGCUCGGUGGCUCUGGCUUUGGGUGCCCUCACGCUGUGGCAUGCUGCCCUCAUCACUCGUGGGGAAACCAGCAUCGAGCGGCACAUCAACAAGAAGGAGAAGCAGAGGCUGCGGAAGAAAGGCAAGGUCUUCAGGAACCCCUACAGUUAUGGCAGCUGGGAUAACUGGAAGGUGUUUCUGGGCGUGGAUACGCCAAGGCACUGGCUCACCCGUGUCCUGCUGCCCUCUCCUCACCUGCCCCACGGGACAGGCCUGAGCUGGGACCUGCCUCCCUGCGUGACCGAGCAGCGCUCGCCGCUCCUGGCCCUCUGAGGCCCUCCCGGGUGUUGCAGAGAUGUCCCUCCCUGCAGGCAGGGGAGCGCACAGGGGACCCACUCCCCCACCACGGCUCCCUUUGGCCCAGGCAUCUGGCAGAAGGUGGGUGCUGGCACGCAUCGGCGACCGCAGCCACAGCCACGGGAAUCUCUUUGGAGGGUGUUGGUGCCUGGAUGCCUGCUCUCUUCGUUCCUUGGUGCUGCAGGCAGCCCUGGGGAAAGGCAGCCAAGCCGCUGCUCUCUGCUCUAGCUGAAGCUGCUGCCCCGGCUAGCACAGGUACGGGCCAGGACAUGGCCCAGCUCGGCUCUCUGGCAGGGCUGGGCGCAGAGGAUGGCACCCCUGGCCUCCAAGCACUCCCCAGGGAGACUUUUUAAGACCAUCCAAUAAAUAAUUAUUUUUUUUUUAAAGGCAGCCUGGCUCUUU